UGAGAUUGAGAAGCAAUGAAGUCUGAAGCAAGAACAUUUUCCUAACAUUUCACCUACCAUUCAUUAAUUCAGGUACAAUAAGGACACCCUUUAUAACUGGCCCACACUUCUAAGGAACAACCUAGUACUAAAGUCUUAAUUUUCAUUAAAGGAUUGUUCCUUUCAUUGGUUUGGUGAGAGCCAACCCAUAGCCAGUUAUACAAAAUCACAACUCUAUAUAAUAUAUCACUUUUCUCCUUUUCUUUCAUUCCAUACUCUCAGAAACCAAAAUGAAACCUGUGUUUGCAACAUUCCUUAUGUGCCUUGUCCUCAGUUUCUCAGUAUUGGAACUUUCAUCAGCUGGUUCGGAUUUUUGUGACACAAAGUGCGGAGAAAGGUGCUCGAAAGCUUCGGUGCAGGAUAGAUGCUUGAAGUAUUGUGGGAUCUGUUGUGAGAAAUGUAGUUGUGUUCCAUCUGGAACUUAUGGUAACAAAGAUGAGUGUCCUUGUUACAGAGACAUGAAGAACUCAAAAGGACAAGGAAAAUGCCCUUAAUUUGUUCACAUUCAUGUUUCCUAUACUUUCUACUACACAGAACUUGCUUAAUGUAUCUUUAAACUUAAGUAUGUCAUGUCCUAUAUAUUGUGUACCAUUUAUUGUAUGUUGUUGUGUAAGGGAAUUUCAUUAUGUUGUGUGAAUGUUAGCAUGUGAGGAUCAUAAUAACUUCAUAACCUCACUCAACAAAUAAGGAUAUAUUAUUUAUGGGCCAA